GAAGAUGAUGACGAGCCUGAACAUGAGAUAAAUUAUGAUGAUAAAAUCUCUGAUAAUGACAAUGACCUUGAAAUAAUUGAAAUAGAGAAUGAUAAUGGCAACGACCCUGAAAUAAUUAAAAUAGAAAUUGAUAGUGACAGUGACAGUGGAGAUUUUUCAAAAGUCUGGUAUUUUGACAGACUGAAGAAGCUCUAUCCAUCACUCACAACAAGACAACUUUUGGAGGAGUCCCAUGUAGGUUGCGGAUGUGGCUGCCCCUACAACUGUGGCUUUCCACCAGAGACAGCAUCUCCUGAUCAACAAUGCAGCUCAGCCAGCAGCAGCACCUACCAAGACUCUCAGGUGGCAUGUCAAAUGGAGCAGGAAGGGUGGCCAGCACCUGCGCUAUUUGAAGACUUAGCUGGAAGCUGUGAGGAAGCAUAUCCUGUGCUCUUGGAGACAGACUUCUCAAUGGAGCACGAAGCGUGGCCAGCACCUGCGCUGUUUGAAGACUUAGCUGGAAGCUGUGAGGAAGAUCCUGUGCUCUUGGAGGCAGACAUUGAAAUGGAGCUGCCCCAUAAUGUGGGAAUGCAAGGUCCCCUAGAGGCUCCACAAGCAGCAAGAAACACUCCAGUGACACCAGCAGAAAGAGAGGCGCGCAAGAAGCGGCUGAGAACUAUCAAUCGGAGGGCAAAGAGUGCAGCAAAAAGAAAUGAUCCAAAAUGCAACUCAGCCAGCAGCAACCAAGCUCCACAAGCAGUAGCAGCUACAGAAACACCAGAAGAAAGAAGGGCGCGCAAGUUAAGGCUGAGAACAAUCAAUCGCAGAGCAAAGAAGGCAGCAAAAAGAAAUGUAACUUUGUUUAUGAAUGAGCUGCAGAAGGGGCCAGGAAAUAUUUCUUAUUAUUUUCAAUCAUGUAUCACGUUAUAUCAAUCAUGUACAUUGUUUGCAAGUCUGAUUCUAAAGCAGUCAAAUGCCAUGUUUGUCAUUGUUAUUACUUGUGUAAGUGAAAUAUCCUAGCUUUAUAUGAUUUCUUUGACCAU